UCAAGUGUAACUGUCAUUCAGCUUUGAAAUCCUGAAAGGACUCAUGACAGAGGGGCAGUCUUCAGAAGCAGAACAAACAAAGAGAGUGAAGGAUCUCCAAGACUGGAAAGGAAAAACAAAGUGUAAAGAAAGCAAGAGGAGCAAAAAUCCAUUGUGGAAAAGGCCUGUGGCUAUGAGGAAACAAUCAGUUUGAAGCAAAGUGGAACUGGUUACCCAUCCCAUAAAUCAUGGCCACCAAGGAGAUCAUGCCCGCUCCCCUGUGCCUAAUUGAGAACUCCAUCAAUGGCCAGCUGACAGUGAAUCAGAAGGCGUUGGCCAUCCUGUCUGACAUUUCCCAGUCUGUGGUGGUGGUGACCAUCGUGGGCCUGUAUCGCACUGGAAAAUCCUACCUGAUGAACAAGCUGGCAGGACAGAAGAAGGGCUUCUCUCUGGGCUCCACAGUGCAGUCUCACACCAAGGGAAUCUGGAUGUGGUGUGUUCCUCAUCCCACAAAGGAAAACCUCACUCUGGUUCUGCUGGACACUGAGGGGCUGGGAGAUGUGGAGAAGGGGAAUCCCAAGAAUGAGACCUGGAUCUUUAUCUUGGCUGUUCUCCUGAGCAGCACACUUGUGUACAACAGCGUGGGAACUAUCAAUCAGCAGGCCAUGGACCAGCUCCACUAUGUGUCAGAGUUGACAAAACACAUCAGGACCAGAGCUGGGCCCAGUCUUGAUGGGGUAGAUGACUCGGCAGAAUUCGUGAGCUUCUUCCCAGAUUUUGUGUGGACUGUGCGCGAUUUCACCUUGGAGCUGAACCUAGACGGUCACCCCAUCACUGAAGACGAGUACCUGGAGAAUGCCCUACAAAUAAAGAGAGAGACUGUGGAGAAAACCAGAAUGCAUAAUCUGCCCCAGAGGUGCAUUGUGAAGUACUUUCCGACCAAGAAGUGUUUUAUCUUUGCUCAACCUACAACCAGGAAAAAUCUUCCUAAGCUCGAAGAGCUCCAGGAAAAUGAACUGGAACCUGAGUUUGUGGAACAGACAGAAUGCUUCUGCUCCUACAUCUUCCAAAAUGCCAAGGCCAAGAUGAUUCAGGGGGGCGUAGUAAUCAAUGGCACUCGGCUGAAAAGCCUAGUGGAGACCUACGUAGAGGUCGUCUCCAGUGGUGCUGUGCCCUGCGUGGAGAAUGCAGUGUUGGCCCUGGCAGAGAUUGAGAACUCAGCUGCAGUUAAGAAGGCUGUAGCCUGCUAUGAGAAUCGGAUGAGUCAACUGAAGUUACCCACAAACACCCUGCAAGAGCUGCUGAACUUCGAUGCGGUCAGUGUGAUGGAAGCCCUUGAGGUCUUCAGGCAGUUUUCCUUCAAGGAUGAAGAUCAAAGGUUCCAGAAGGAGCUAAAGAACCAGCUGUUAGAAAAGAAGGAAGACUUCUAUAUGAAGAAUGAGAAAAUGUCAGCUGACUAUUGCUGGGCCUUGAUUCAGAAAAUUUUCCAACCUCUGGAGGAGGAGUCAAAGAUAGGGGCUUUUUCCAAACCAGGAGGAUACAGCCACUUCCAUCAGAUGAAACAAAAACUCAAGAUGAAAUAUAACGAGGAGCCAAACAAAGGGCUGCAGGCCAAGGAGACACUUCUAAAAUAUUUGCAGUCCAAUGAUGCUAUAGAGGAAUCAAUAUUACAGGCAGAUAUACUGCUCUCAGAAAAGGAGAAGGAGAUUGCAGUGGAAAAGGCAAAAGCUGAGGCUGCAGAGCAGGCAGCCAAGCAGCUCCAGGAAAUGCAGGAGAAGAAUCAGCAAAUACUGGAGCAGAAGGAGAAAAGUCACCAGGAACAUUUGACACAACUGACCCAGAAGAUGGAAGAGGAGAAGCAGCAGAUGAUGACAGAGCAAGAGAAGGUCUUAAAUUUGAAACUGGAGGAGCAGGAAAAAUUAAUGCAAGAAGGGCUCGAAUAUGAAAAAAAACAACUAGAGGAUCAGAUUAUCUAUCUCCAUGAGCAGAUCGAUAAUGUUCGCAAGUCAUCACAUUGUGUCAUACUCUGAAGAUCUUUUUCACCCUUUUUCAACCAGUUCUACAGAGAAAUUCCAAUGGAAAACUUUUAACACUCAAAAUAAUAAUAAUCAGUAUAUGCUAAGACACGCAAACCAUGCAUCAUAUUUACAUUUUUCAGUGCAGAUACCAGCAAUUUACCAACAUUAAGUCAAUUAUAUUUACUGAACACUUACUAUGGGCAAAUCACUUCACUUCUCUGUGCCUCAGUUCCUUCAUCUGUAAGAUGGGAAUAUCAUUUUGAGCCCUAUGUGGGACAUCGACUGUGGCCAACCUGUGUUCUUUGUAUCUACCCUUGGGCUUGGAACAGUGCCUGGCACAUUGUAAGUACUUGACCAUACCAUAAUAAAAAUACAGAAAAAAAAAUUCCCCUCUCUUGGUACCGCAAGUAAAUACUUGAUGGCACUCAUCUCCACAAUUCCCACAGAGACCUUCCUCUAAGAAUCAAUCAAAGGUAUUUAUUGAGUGUUUACUGUGUGCAGAGCACUGUAUUUACUGCUUGGGAGUGUCUAAUCUAACAAUCUAAUGGACACAUUCCCUACCCACCAAAGCUUCCAGUCUAGAGGCCUUUAGUUGUUGAGCUGGUAUAAAAGAACAGCGAGCUUCUGCAGCUGACCCACUUCUUCUUGGACCAAGGACGGCAGGCAAUAGCGAGCAAGGAUUCAGCGUGAUGACAUGCUACGGUGGUCCCCCGUGGCACAGGAUGAGCCCGAAUUGGCUAUUAUUUCUCUGUGACUCUCUGGAUUAUUCUGCGCCGGCAUGAGCUCUCUAGUAAAGAUGUGUAGUGUUGCUAGACUGA